GCUAGCAAGGCGAUAGCAGACAUCGUGCGGACGACUUUGGGCCCCUCAUCGAUGCUGAAGAUGUUGUUAGAUCCGAUGGGUGGUAUUGUCAUUACUAAUGACGGGAACUCAAUUCUUAGAGAAGUAGACGUCGCACACCCUGCAGCGAAGUCUUUGAUAGAAUUAUCGAGGAGUCAAGAUGAAGAAGUAGGCGACGGCAGCACUUCUGUUGUAGUUUUAGCUGGAGAGUUAUUGUCUUGUUCUUUAGAUUUAUUAGAGAAGCAGCAGCUACAUCCUGUGAUAAUUGUUCAAGGGUUUAUGAGAGCUCUGGGAGAUGCUUUAGAUUUUCUUCAAGAUAUUUCCAGCUGUAUAGACACCUCAGAUUAUAACCAACUUAUGAACGCAUUAACUGCUUGCUUAAGCUCAAAGUUCGCAAGCAGAUGGGGGGGCCUUCUUGAAGAUAUUGCAGUUAAAACUGUUAAAAAAAUUCAGAGAACGCUUCCUUCAGGAAAGAUUGAUAUCGAUAUCAAGAGAUAUGCAAAAGUAGAGAAAGUCCCCGGAGGAGAGAUAGAAGACAGCUGCAUGUUAGAUGGUUUGAUGCUAAAUAAAGAUGUUACACAUCCGAAGAUGAAGAGGCUGAUCCACAACCCAAAGGUGCUGUUGCUGGACUGUCCUUUGGAGUAUAAGAAGGGGGAGAGUCAGACGAGUGUAGAAGUAACGAAAGAAGAAGAAUGGUCUCAGUUGUUAGAGCAAGAAGAAAGAGAAGUAGAGUGUAUGUGCAGUUAUAUAAUAAACAGCGGUGCGACGCUGGUAAUAACAGAGAAGGGUGUCUCUGACCUUGCGCAGCAUUUCCUAGCUAAAGCAGGUAUUAGCGUCAUCAGAAGAGUCCGCAAGACAGACAAUAAUCGCAUCAGCAGAGCUACAGGAGCUACUAUCGUCUCAAGACCUGAAGAAAUACUUCAAAGUGAUUUAGGAACCCAUUGCAAACUCUUCCAAGUUAAAAAAAUCGGGGAUGAAUACUUUAGCUUUUUGUUGGAUUGCAAAGAAGGAACUGCAUGCACCAUUUUGCUCAGAGGAGGCAGCAAAGAUGUUCUCAAUGAAGUUGAGAGAAAUCUGCAAGACGCACUGAACGUCGCUCGCAACAUUUUGCUCGAAGGCCGAAUGGUGCCGGGAGGAGGGGCAGCAGAAAUGGCUGUAGCAGCAAGGCUACACCGCAAAGCAAAAAGUAUUGACUCUGUACAACAAUAUGCAUAUAGGGCUGUCGCCUCAGCUUUGGAAGUGAUACCCAGAACACUUGCACAAAACUGCGGGGCAAACGUCGUUAAGGUGAUGACAGACUUGCGAGCUAAGCACAGCAAUUUGGAGUCUGCUGCUGCUGCAUGCAUCGGCGUCGACGGGGAGACAGGAGAAGUCUGCGAUAUGUCAAAGAAGAUGAUAUGGGAUUGCCUCGCUGUUAAACAGCAAAUCUAUAAAGCAGCAAUUGAAGCAGCAGCAAUGUUGCUGCGCAUCGAUGAUGUAUUGUCUGGCGUGCGUAAAGACGCAAAGGGAGGCCCAGAAGGAGGAGAGGGUGCACCAGAAGAUAUGGAGACAUUCGGAGAUGCACGCGACGGCUGA